AUGGCUGGCAUGCAGUGGUACGCUGCCGCUGAGCUCGCACAGCUCGCAGCGGCGGCCAAGGGCCACGGCAAGGACCGUCCGCCCGGAAAGCCGACGUGCCGUUGGCCCCCGCAGGUCGUGUCAGGCGACCGUCAGGUCGACUUCACCGAGUGCUUCGAGCUCACCGUCCUCCUCCCGCUGCCGAUCAUGAUUGCUCUGAUCUCGUCGUCAAUCAGCAUUGUGUCGACCUCCAAGAGGCUGCGAAGGGUCGGACCUGACGGUAUCGAUUGGAUCAAGCGGAGCCCUCGGAGCGAGCGUGUCGCUAAGAUCAAGACUAUCAAGACGUCGCCCUACCCCUUCGCCCACUACGUUCUUCUGUCUCUGACCCUGGCGCUGUUCGCUAAGCUCGUCUGGAUCAACCACCACACCUCGCGCACGUCGUCGACGGUCGUUCUCCUGUUUAUCCCCCUGUACUGGAUUGUGACCGCCAUUGCUAUUCGCACGCAGAUCCUGACCGGUGUCUUCGACAGCCACACGAAGGGUUCAACGUCCGGCCGCCUCGUGAUCGCCCGUGAGGCGCUCUGGAUCGCCGCGAUCGGAACCGCUACCUUUGCGUUCUUCCUGGAGCUGUUCUCGCCCGAGAAGAAGUGGAAGGCACUCCGCGCCCCGUGGUCUCCACGCAAGAUUGAGCUUGACGAGGAGGAGGAGCCCGACACCGUCGACGGCGAGGUCAUCGUCAAGGAGAACGACGAGGUCGAGUCUCCCGUCAACACCGCCAACAUCUACGAGCGCCUCACCUUCUCGUGGCUCACGCCGCUGCUCUCUCUUGGCACCAAGAAGUACCUCGGAGAGGAGGACAUGUGGCAGGUCCCGCCGCAGGACUCGGCCGAGGCGCUGUCUGACCGCCUCGCCGCCGCUUGGGAGGAGCAGGUUCAGCUCGUGAAGCAGGGCAAGAAGAAGGAGCCUUCCCUUAAGGUCGCCCUCUUCAAGGCGUACGGUCUCACGUACGUCGUCGCCGCGUUCAUGAAGGGUAUCUACGACUGCCUCAGCUUUGCGCAGCCCCAACUGCUCCGUCUGCUCCUGAUCUACGUCUCGAGCUACGGCACCGACAAGCCCAUGAGCCCCACCGUCGGCUUCGGUAUCACGAUUCUCAUGUUCCUGACCGCCAACCUCGCCACGGCGCUCCUGCACCAGUACUUUGACCGCUGCUUCAUGACGACGAUGCGUGUUAAGACCGGACUCAUCACGCUAAUCUACCGCAAGUCUCUUCGCCUCAGCCUCAGCGAGAAGUCUGGUCGCACCUCAGGCGACAUUGUCAACCUCCAGAGCGUUGACGCCGUGCGUAUCGCCGACAUUGCGCAGUACGGCAACAUUGCCUGGUCUGGUCCCUUCCAGAUCAUCCUCGCAUUUGUGUCCCUUUACCAGCUCGUCGGCUGGCAGGCGUUCAUGGGUGUCGCCGUCAUGGUCAUCUCCCUCCCGAUUAACACGUUCCUGAGCCGCAUUCAGAAGCGUCUUCAGCGCCAGCUUAUGGGAAUCAAGGACGUGCGCACGCGUCUGAUGAGCGAGAUUCUGAACAACAUCAAAUCGAUCAAGCUGUACGGAUGGGAGAAGGCGUUCGCCGACAAGGUCUUCACGGCCCGCAAUGACAUGGAGCUGCGCAUGCUCCGCCGUAUUGGCAUCGUCUUCUCGUGCAGCAACUUCUUCUGGGCGACGAUUCCCUUCCUUGUCGCCUUCGCGACGUUCAGCACCUUCGUCUUCACCGCCGACCGCCCUCUCACGUCCGAGAUCAUCUUCCCCGCCAUCUCGCUCUUCACCCUGCUCUCGUUCCCGAUGAGCGUGUUCAGCAACAUCAUCAACAGCAUCAUCGAGGCGACGGUCUCGGUUGGUCGUCUUGAGAAGUUCCUGAACGCGGACGAGCUCGACCCCAACGCCCGCAAGCAGAUUGCCCCCGAGGACGACCCCAAGGGCGAGCCCACGCUCGGCGACAAGGCCGUCAGCAUCAAGAACGGCGAGUUCCGCUGGAUCAAGGACUCGACUGUCCCGACGCUCGAGGACAUUGACCUCGAGGUCAAGAUGGGCGAGCUCGUCGCUGUCAUCGGCCGCGUUGGAGACGGCAAGUCGUCGCUCCUGAACGCGAUUCUCGGCGAGAUGAACCGCUGCGAGGGUACUGUUGUCGAUCGCGGUGAGAUUGCGUACUUCUCGCAAAACUCGUGGAUCAUGUCCGCUACCGUCAAGGACAACAUCGUGUUCGGCCACCGUUUCGACCCCGUCUACUACGACAAGGUGCUUGACGCAUGUGCGCUGCGUGCCGACCUCGCCGUCCUGCCGAUGGGCCACAUGACGGAGGUUGGCGAGAAGGGUGUGUCUUUGUCUGGUGGCCAGAAGGCUCGUAUCUGUCUCGCCCGUGCUGUCUACGCUCGCGCGGACAUCUACCUGCUGGACGACCCGCUCAGUGCCGUCGACGCUCACGUUGGCCGCCACAUCUUCGAUCACGUCAUCGGCCCCCACGGCAUGCUGAAGAACAAGGCGCGUAUUCUGUGUACGAACGCGGUCAACACGCUGCAGCAGACGGAUCAGAUCCUUAUGCUGCGCCGCGGCAUUAUUGUCGAGCGCGGGUCGUACGAGCACUGCAUGUCCAACCCCAACUCGGAGGUGUACAAGCUGAUCACUGGUCUUGGAAAGCAGUCUGCCGAUGGCAGCGAAGAGUCCUCGGACCAGAUCACGCUCGUCCCCAGCGACAGCGACAGUGUCGAGAUCGAGGAGGACGGCAUUGGUGGUUCGGGCGCCGAGCUUAAGAAGCGUCGCACGAGCGCCAGCGACCGCCGUGCCUCCGUCCUCUCCAUCGGCCAGGCGAAGCGUGCCAUCAUCCGCGACCUCCGCGAGAGCGCCAAGCCCAAGGAGCACGUCGAGAAGGGCAGCGUCAAGAAGACGAUCUACAAGAAGUACAUCGGUGCCGCGGGUAUUGCGGGUAUUUUCAUCUUUGUCGUCUCGCUGUCGCUUGGCCAGGGAUCUGGCGUUUUGUCGAACUACGUGCUGCGUGACUGGGGCCGUGCCAACACGCGUGCCGGCCACAACGUCCGCGUCCCCUUCUACCUGACGCUGUACGGCAUCACGGGCUUCUCGUCUGCCGCACUCAACGUUCUUGCCAACGUCACGCUCAAGCUGUACUCUGGUCUUCGCGCCGCGCGUAUCAUGCACGACGCGAGUUUCGCUGCGCUGAUGCGCUCGCCCCUGUCGUUCUUCGAGCAGACCCCGACGGGCCGCAUCCUGAACCUGUUCUCGCGCGACAUCUUCGUCAUUGACGAGGUGCUGGUUCAGGCUCUCGGUGCGUUCAUGCGUACGUUCAUCCAGGUGCUCGGUGUCGUUGUCGUUGUCGGACUCGGCGCCCCGCCCGUGCUCAUCGUCUUCAUCCCCCUCGCUUUCAUCUACCGCAUGGUCAUGCGCUACUACCUCGCGACAUCGCGCGAGCUGAAGCGCCUCGACGCCGUCUCUCGUUCGCCCAUCUUCUCGUUCUUCGGCGAGACGCUCGCGGGCCUUCCCGUCAUUCGCGCGUACAGGCAGCAGAAGCGCUUCAAUGCCAACAACGAGGCGCGCGUCGACCGCAACCAGUCCUGCUACAUGCCCGCUAUGGCGAUCAACCGCUGGCUGGCCGUGCGUCUCGAGUUCCUCGGCUCGUGCCUCAUGUUCUCGACUGCGCUCGUCUCGGUCACGGCGCUCGUGUACCACUUCCCGAUUGACGCCGGUCUCGUCGGUCUCCUCAUGACCUACACCAUCAGCGUGACUGGAUCCCUGAACUGGCUCGUGCGCUCUGCGUCCGAGGUCGAGCAGAACAUUGUCUCCGUUGAGCGUGUGCUGGGCUAUACCGACCUGCCGUCGGAGGCGCCGAUGGAGAUCGCGCACACCAAGCCGCCCCCCGACUGGCCGCAGAACGGCAACAUCGAGUUCGACCAAUUCUCAAUGCGUUACCGCCCCGAUCUCGACUGCUGCCUGAAGGAGGUCAGUGUCGACAUCAAAGGCGGCUCGCGUGUCGGUAUCGUCGGCCGCACCGGCGCAGGCAAGUCAAGUAUGACCCUUGCUCUGUUCCGUAUUCUCGAGGCUGCGGGUGGUCGUGUCAUCAUUGACGGCAUCGACAUCAGCACCAUCGGCCUCAGCGACCUCCGCCACGCGAUCAGUAUCAUCCCCCAGGACCCCCAGCUGUUCGAGGGCUCUCUUCGCUCCAACGUGGACCCGACUGAGCAAUCGAGCGACGCUGCGAUCUGGACUGCGCUCGAGCAGGCGCACCUGAAGGACCACGUGAUGCGGAACAUGGGUGGCACCCUGGAUGCUGAGGUGGCGGAGGGUGGCACCAACCUUUCUGCCGGCCAACGUCAACUUGUCUGCUUUGCGCGCGCUCUUCUUCGCAAAACAAAGAUUCUUGUGCUUGAUGAGGCCACAAGCAGUAUCGACUUAGCGACUGACGCUGCCGUGCAGACGAUUCUGAGAGGUGCAGACUUCGCCGGAGUGACGACCUUGACGAUCGCGCACCGCAUCAACACGAUCAUGGACUCGGACAUGGUCUUGGUAAUGGACCAGGGCCGUGUGGCAGAGUACGACACGCCCGAGAACCUGCUCCAGAACCCCGAGAGCAUCUUCGCGACGCUCGUCGAGGAGGCGGGACUGGGCAAGAGCACCUCGGCGUCGCGUGCGGUCAGCAGGCAGCAGAGCCGGGCGCCGAGCCGCUCCGGCUCCCAGCGCGGCGAGAAGCGCGACGACAGCUCUGCCGCCAAGAAACCCUUUGGUUUCGGGAUCGGGGACGACGAAGAUAACUUUGCAUACUCUACGACGGGCACAAACAACUCUCGCAACAUGCGGCUGUGGGUUGCAUUCCUGCUCGCGGUGCUCGGUGCCGUGCAGGUGCGCGCGGGCAUGCUCUCCGACUCAUCCCUGUACUACUGCAAGUGCAUCUGUUUCGACAACAGCACGAUCAUCCCCCUCUGGCGGCCCGAACUGCUUCAGGACCCUUCCAAGCCCUGUCUUUCAUGUACGCGGCAAUUCUGCCUCGAUCAGAAGCUGCCCAUCUGCAAGGGUGCUGAGGUACCCGAGCUCGACCCCGACGUCGGCACGGGAACAGAGGGCGACGUCGAGGCGCGCUGCUUCAAGCGUGACUCGAAGCGGGACGAGUUUGUCGUCAUUGCCUUUGUGGUGAUCACGGCUGGACUGUUGCUCUUCGCCAAGGUGCGGAGUAAUUCUCGUGUGCCCGCUGUGAGCGCAACGGGCCGUAUAUGGUGUGAGACACAGGUCUUCAGCUAA